AGUUGUCAGACGUUGACAGUAUUCUAAAAACACAUUUACCAUUAGUUUGUGUUUACGAGAUAAAUAUCUCAAACGUUAUUGUGUUCAUUAUUACUGCGAUUUAUUUACCAUUUUUUUUUUGUAAUCGUUGUAAGAGUGAGGUGUGAUCCACAUUUUAUAUUAAAGUAUUGCUUUGCUUACAUGUUUUUACAAGUGCAGUGUAAAAUCGAGGUUGGUGUAAUAAUGAGGAUCAGUGCGUAUAUCGCUUUUUAGCGAUGUGUGAAUUUAUAAAAUUGAAUUGACGGUGGAUUAAUAAAAUUCAUGGUGUUUUAUAUAACGUUAGUGUCAUUUGUAAAGUAUAGUUCGAAUCAUAGGGUCCACAGGCGAUUCUACGGAUUCUACCAUGGUCGUAAAACGUGCUGCGGACACUGCGGAUUCGCCCAUACUUGAGGAAACCGGCGAAAGUGGCUCAGAACAGAAACCCAAACCACCUGUCAAAUAUGGCGAAUUAGUUAUACUUGGAUACAAUGGAGCGUUGCCGUCAGGCGAGCGUGGUCGACGGCGCAGCAAGUUCGUACUGUACCGACGGCCCGUCGCCAACGGCGUCCGUCGCUCGAAGCACUAUGUAGUGAAGACACCACACAGUAGCAAGGCAAUACUCGAUGCUAGCCAACACUCUAUCUCGUAUACGCUGAGCCGCAACCAAGCAGUCAUCGUUGAGUACACAGAGGACCCCGACACAGAUAUGUUUCAGAUUGGGAGAUCAUCAGAGCCUCCAAUAGACUUUGUUGUGAUGGACACGGUUGCUGGCGACAAAAGCGGUGACACAAAGGUGAUGCAGAGCACGAUAUCGCGGUUCGCUUGUCGGAUCAUAGCGGACCGUAACGACGUCAACAACUGUCGCAUAUACGCCGCAGGGUUCGACUCGUCCAGGAAUAUAUUUCUAGGUGAGAAAGCAACAAAAUGGACAGAGAACCACGAAAUCGACGGCUUGACGACUAACGGUGUCCUGAUCAUGCAUCCACGUGGCGACUUUUGCGGCGGCAGUGCAACGAGUGAGCCAUGGCGCGAGACCUCCGUAGGCGGCGCAGUAUUCUCUUUACGUGAAAGUCGUUCAGCACAACAGAAGGGUCUGCCAUGUCAAUCGGAGACUAACGUGUUGAGAGACGGGACUAUGAUCGAUUUGUGUGGAGCAACAUUGCUCUGGAGAAGUGCAGAAGGACUGAAAAAUUCACCGACGAAGCGUGUCCUGGAGACAUUGGUCGACGAACUGAACGCGGGCCGGCCGCAGUGCCCGGUCGGGCUGAACACACUGGUGAUACCACGCCGAUUAUCCACCACCGCCAACGAGCGCUCGCAGGAUCUCAACCAGCCCUACGUCUAUCUUAACUGCGGACACGUACAAGGCGAGCACUCUUGGGGAGCGGAGGGCACGGAAGCCGGAGCUCGGCGGUGCCCUAUGUGCCUGACGGCCGGGCCCGUGGUCCGCGUCUGUAUGGGCAUCGAGCCAGCCUUCUACGUCGACGCCGGCCCGCCCACCUAUGCCUUCAACCCGUGCGGGCACAUGGCGUCUGAGAGGACCGUCAAAUACUGGGCGACGGUGGAUAUCCCUCACGGAACGAACGGGUUCCACGCCAUUUGUCCGUUCUGCGCGGCGCCGCUAGAGGGCACGCCCGGUUACGUGCGGCUCAUAUUCCAGGACAACCUUGACUGAAUUUUCUCACUGGUCACGGCACCAUGUACGCAGCAGGAACGCCAUCUGCCGACGUACACGAGUGCAACAAACGGAUGUCCCCGCACGUAGGCCAUAGAUGCUAUUAACGACGAGACUUCCGACGUGUCAGACUCAGCCGGUUAUGUUGAUCCUCAAUUGUUUGAGAAUAUUAUCAUGCCGCCAACAAGGUCCAUACAUUUGUAAUCAUUUCACAUUAUGAAAUAAAUAAAUAAAAUAUGAAUCUCACCGUUUACCGUCACCGAUGCACACGCGACCACCAUUGAAUUGAUUAAAAUGCGCUAAACGUGAACACAGCUUGGAAAUGGAAUGAUAAUAAUUACGUUACUAUAUAAUAUUGUUUGCGCGAACUCAUAUGUAAUGCAGGCCGUAUACGGUUUACGAAAUACAGUAGAGCGUCUAUUAUCCGAACUAAUUGGGCGACAUGGAUGUUUGGGUAAACAGUUUAUUCGAAUAAUCGAACUAAGUAAUUUUAUUUAUCAAUAAUAACAACAUACAUAUUUUACUCUUAUUAUUUGAAUUAUAAGUGGCAUGUUUACGCGUGCCGCUAAGUAACAGUUCGGUUAAGCAGUUGUUCGGAUGACCGACGUUCGAAUAAUGGACGUUCUACUGUAUAAAAAAUAAAUUGUACAGUGUGUCCAACACAUACACACGACUAUCCACUUUUCUACGACUUUAACUGUACUGGUAAAUGAGGUGAAAGAUAAAUUUCAAUUACUGUUAUUGACAGACUUUGCAGUUUAAUAGUAAAGUGUAUAAUUCAUCCAAUUAUUUUUAUCUGCUUCCUAAUACUGUGGAUGUAUUGAUUAUUUUCGACAAUUACCAAUUUGGUUUUAUGACGAUCAAUUGAGUAUAUUUUUUUUAAAGACUCGGUUUGUUCCAUAUUGACAGUUGAAUAGUUUUUGGUACAAAAACAAUUUCGUUACCAAAUUAACUAUACGAAAUAUUUGUGCUUCUUGAUUUUUUUUUUAUUGUAUAAAAAAUAACAGUUUAACAAUUCGAUGUCUGUCGAUGCUACUGCGGAACAAAAUUUUAUGACUAUAUUACUUGUGGUACCAUACUAAUGCGAAUUGUACAGUGCGAUAGUAAUAGUGGUUUGUCAUAACGUGUGUGGCCUGCAUUACGUUCAUAAAUCGAUGUGUUUACGGUGUUUUGUAUAUUUAAAUAAUAAGAUUAUUGUAAUGACUUCGAAUAACAGAGGACAUGUAUUUAUUUGAUAAGAGUCAAUGUAAGAUAUGACGACAAGGAAAUAAAUGAAAAUAAUAAAAAAAAAAAACAAAUAAAAUAAAAAGGUAUUUAUCGCUUUGUAUAAUACGUCGCUACAUUAAGUUAUUGACAACGUUGUAAUUGUAAAAGAAGUUAAGUUUAUUUUUAAAAUUCACAUCUUAUCAAUAUUGUAACGGGCUUUACGUUAUUUUUUACUUCUAUUUGUUAAUGGUAUUUUGUGUCAUAUCUCCCUAACAAUAAUGACGUUUUUGCAUAAAUUAUUUAAAUUGAGAUGAUUGGAUUAUUAUCAGAUAGUAUAAAUACGUUCCUGUAAUUGAUGCGAACGGUGUUUUUGUGUGUUUGGAAUAUUCAUCAAGUAAUUAAUGUAAAUAUAUUCAUUACAUCAUUUCCUAUGAAUUGUAUUAUUGUUAAGUAAUUUAUGUUGGGUUUAUGUAGUGUGAAAUGCUUGUUAAUUGUAAGGAAGCCUUUUAGUAAUAGAGCCAGGUCAUUGUAGAUCAAUAAUAAUUUUUGGUUCCACUCACAGUGUGUUAUUCUAGAUUGUCAGUCCAGAAUGUUCGACGGGUAUCGCCACGCGUGAUAGAAUGCCAUGUAUAUUGUAUACAAACAAUAAUAAUAAGCAGUUUGUUUUAAUUAGAUCAUAAUUAGAUUCCAAGGUUCUAUUGUAUGGACUAUCUUUGGGAUGUAUAAUGUUUUUGACUAUAAGGAAAGGUCCAGCUGUACGAAAUAUUGUUUACCCUUUGUUUGCACAGUCAGCAUCAAAUAUAUCUAAGGGUGCAUACUCACCUAGAUCAUUCACAUGUAAUAUAAGAACGAGCAUUAAUUACAUUAGUGAGAAAACGUUAAGACGUAAUAUUGUAAUGUGCGAAUGUGCUCUUGUAAUGUAACAUUGUACAUAACAAAAAUAUACGCAAUCUAAUGUAACAUUUAAAUAUUUAAAAUACAUAAGAGAACAAGCUGUUGAUUGAUUCAUCUCUAAAAAUUGUACUGUAUUAUUAUGCUUCGUCAAUAUUGUUAAAAAUUGAUUAAAUGAUUAUAUAUAAGUAUGUCUUACGUCUUAUUUUUAUUAUUUGACGCUGACUAAACUACAUUUUUACAACUAGAGCACUAUAGUAAUGUUUUUGCACAUACAGCAUAAAAAAUAAUAUCUAAAUUCAAAUUUACUUGUGUUAGUUGCAGCAGCUGGAAUGUUGACGAUGAUGUGUCAGAAUUGUAUUAUAUUUCGAUUUAUUUCGUAAUGUAAUGUUUGCACUGAAACUUAAUUAACUACUCAGCGUUACUCCAUGAAAAUCCAGACCCUUUCAAUAUAAUUAGAUGCAACGCAACCCUUAUAAAUUCUACUUAUUUUAUGGCGUUACAAAUCAAAUGUUAAUAAAGAGAUCGCAAUUUGAAGCUCGCAUGCACAAUCGGUAAUAAGACUACAAAUUCUAUUAGAAGCGAGCUGCCUUAGGAGGAUGUUAAUAUGAUUCAUUUGAAUUGGAUAUAAAUAAAUGAACCCGCUUUUGAAAUCUGGUUUUGAGGAGGAAUCAGAUACGUGAUACCAUCAUAAUAUAAAAAAAAAUAGUUGGAAAUUAUUACAUUAUAAAUACUUACAUAGAAUUAUAGACGGUCUAUUUCGAUACUGUACUCUCAUAACUUGUACUCUCAUAACUGUUGUUAAAAAAGGAGUUUGGUUUAAAAUAAUGAAAAGUUUGUGCAAUUAAGGAUCAUGGCUAGCUACGUGAUUGUCAUUGCAUGAUAUUGACGAUUGAUUUACAAUAUAAUCUGUGAUGUGAAUAUUGUUCAUAUCUAUAGUAACGACUACUAACUAAUCCUAUGUUUAUUUUCUUAUAAAUAUUCAAUAUGUAACAAUUAUUAAAUUGUUGUUAAUACUUCCGAACAUUAAAAUAUAUUUUUAAUUGCCAUGUACGAUGUAAUAAUGUAACCUGAACUUCUCUGUUCCUCUAUCAAUUUAUAAUGAAAAUAUUUAGCAGCACAUUCAAGUCCCAACUAUGAGCUCGUUGUAAAAAUAAUAUAAGUUAGAAAUUAGCAAUCAUUAGCUUAUGGAGUAAUGGAAGUUUUUGUACAAUAUGAAUUUCACUAGUUAGUGAUAUCACGUGUUAUGGGCUUUCAAAUCGACCCGUGUGAAAUUUGUUUCAAUCGAUCUUGAUUGCUAAAUUGAGCAUGCUUAGGUAAUUUUAAAUUCGUUGGAUGGAAAAAAAAUUAAAGAGUCUAUGUAAGUGAUAAUGUCGGUGUAGGAAUGUUAUCAGCGGAAUGCGUUUUAUAUUUUAAUAGUAGCUGCGUUACGUAGACGUGAUGGGCAAAUUAAUGACUUGUGUACUUCCAGUCCAGUUGUUUUCGAUCUUUUUCUUGUAAUUUAGUGUCCCUAUUUUUCUGUUACAAUUUAACAGAAACCUACAGUCGGCUUCAUAAAGAUUUAACUUUUAUAAUUUAAACUUGAAACAAUUAAUUGAACAUAUUUCUUUAUAUAAUUAAUUAUGUAAGAAAAUACAAUAAAUAUGUUGUUAAUAUAAUAUUGACAAUUCUUAAUGGUCAUAUGUUCUGAUGAAGUAAAUACAUACAAUUGAAAUUAUCUCCCACAUGAUGUUUUUGAUCAUUCUUGGUUGUAAACUUUACAUGAAGCUGACUGUAUAAAGAAAUCCAAGGAAACGCUUUGAACUGUAUUGACAUGCGGCAAUAGGUAUUCAGCAACUGCAGUGUGGCAUCAACUCGGCAUCAAUGUGUUUUAAAAAAUAAUUACAUUGCACUAGUUUAUAUUUAGCAUUAUUUUCAUUAGAGUGAGGAAGUUCAUGAAUGUAGUAACGCUUUUGAUGAUGGUUCUGCACUUCAGGAUUUGUGUUGUCACGACAAAAUAUAUAGUAUUGUCUACUGACGUAUUUAUUUGGUAAUGCAAUGAUAAUAAGGGCGAUAUCUAAUGUAUGGUUGAGACUAAAAAAUAAAUUACUCUCUUGUACAUGUUGUAUAUUAUGUGAAUAUGUUUGCUUUAUAACAUGAUUAUAUAAGCACCAAAUUGCACUUUAAAAACUGAUAAGCAUAAUAAUUAAAUUUGUAACAACUGAUGCCAGACCGAUAAGAUUUAAUUGAAUUGAUUGUCUCCUCUGUUUAACUCGCUCUAUCAUGUAUUUACUAUGCUUUUUCUCUUUUGCAUUGCCUAUUUAAUAUUUAAUUCUCAUUAAUGAUAGCUGUGUAUCAUACUCGUGAUAAAUUAAUGCAUAAUAUUGUUUAAGGUAGUGCUUUUAAUAUAACACAAAUUUCUAUUAAAGUGAACAAAAUUAUCUUUAUAUUGGUUGUAAUGUGUAUAUUAUUGUAAUGAUCAUGUAAUAAUCAUUGAUAAUGUGUUUGCAGUAAAAGCACACCUGUUAGUAUUCAAGAUAAAUUUGUUCAUGUUUAUUUAAUUCAAUAAACUACCUAAAACCCUGAAGUGCACAAUUGUUCAACUUGUUCUAACAUUUAUUAGUGGUAAUAAGAACUGAAUGCGCUAGCCUUAAUUUAAUUUAUUAUAAGUGCUAGAAUAAUAAAAUUGCUCUUUUGAGUUAGAAAAUUGA